AUGACCUCGUCAAAAAGCACCCAAAUAAUAACUAAUAAACUUGAACAAAAAAAUGUACAUCUCGAACAUAAAGAUGUUAAAGCUCAUUUCAAACCAUGGAACGAUAAAUGUAAAAUACAUGCUUUCUCAUUUGAAUUUGCAGAAAAUUCAGAUUCCAAUCCAACUUUUGUAAUCCAGAACAUGGCUACUCAACAUGGAUUUGCCUCGGCAAUCAUUCAUGCUUAUACUCUUCACCAACAUCUUCGAUUCUCACCAGAUGAUGUAUGGUUAACGGUUGCACAAGGUGUUAGUAGGCACAUUUUUAUUAAUGCUAAACAUUUUCGUUACUCAUUCGUUGAUCAUGAGGGUCAAAAAGAUGUUACCGUAAAUGCCGAAGAUAUUAUAGGAUAUUUCAACGAAAAUCUUAUAGGUGAUUGGCCACAAGCGAUUUCUCGACUUUCCGGUGACAUUGACGAGCGAGUUAAAAAAGUUGGUUUAAAAAAACAUCUUGAAUGUGAUUUUUCUACCUCAACAAAUGCAUCUAUUGCUGCUAGCCAAAUUAUCUUAUUAGAUGCAAUGAAAAAAUUUUUCAGAUACGGAUUACGUGGUGGUUGUGGUAUUCCAAAGGUCACUCUUGAUGGAACCUUAGAAGAUUGGUUACAUCUUCAAGAAAAAGUUGCAAAAAUCCGUGAUUUAGGAUUGGAACUUGAUUCCUGGUUGGAUAGGUUAGAACCAGUCGUCGCUCAAUUUGUCUCCACCUAUAAGGGAGACGUUGACGAAAAAUUUUGGAGCAUGGCUCUCUUUGAUGUUCCUUACGCUAGUGGCGUGCCAUCUCCUUGUUGGAAUGGAUGGAUAGGUGCUUUGUUUCCUUAUAAUAAUAAUCAAAUUUUUCCUGAUGCAGUACCCUCUGGAUUAUUAUAUGUUCCAUUCGAUGUGAAAAUCGGGGAAGAAAAAUUUGAAUUAAGUUUUGCUGCAGGUUUUUUUGGUGCAAAGCAAGAUAAGGUUAAUGAAGAAUAUGUUGUUUCACCUGUUAUUGGUUGGUACAUUGCUGAUAAGUCCUUUGAUAAGCAAAGAAGAAAUUGA